AUGCCGCAGGAGCAAGAUUCACACUCGGCGAUAUGGCCAGAACACAUGCAAGACCAGCAGAUGGGCGCUGGUGUGGGCGCGGAAGAUGAUUUUUCCAAGUUCCUCGACCUCGACACCGACUUCCCUUUCAGCCUGGAAAAUGGCAAUAGCGGCAUCGACACGCCCAUGGGCCGGCUGGCCUUCAGCACGCCUGUGUCGCAACAGCCACAACCACAGACCAUGCACUUCGAAGGCCAGCCCAUGUCGCUGGAUCUGUCUUCAGCGGCGGACCACAUGCAAUUUGGUACUCCACAGCACUAUCAGCCAUAUCAGCAACAAUACCAUCAAGUUCAGAUGCCACCGGGCUACAGUGUUCCGCCCACACCAGUCAGCUCUGAGAUGCAUGCCGCAAAGUAUGGCCAGCAUAUGGACGGAGCCGCUCAGUUGAUGUUCGAACGACAGCAGGUCUCAUUCACGCCACUAGUCUCACCAGCUCAGACACCCCUGACACAUGCAUACGGCGUACCGCAAUAUGGUACGGCAGAUGACUUCUUCAGUCCGCUCACAUCUCCCGCCAUCGAAGCACAACAGCAGGCUUUCAGCUCAGCGAGGACAACGGCUUCACCGGCUGAUUUGACUGCCGAGACCUCGACCAAGCCCACGUCUGCGCCUCGGACAAGCAGACGACGAAAGAACAGCACUUCGACCCGCGCUGCGACCAGGAGUGUCAAACAGUCACCAGUGGUCAAGGCCCAGGGUCGCCGUAGGAAAGCUUCGUUGACCAACAUCCCACCUGAGCAGAUCAAUCAGCUCCUCAGUCAGAACGGACAACAGCAAGGUCUCCCGCCGCAUAUGCUGCCAGGCACGGCUGAUACGAGUGGCGACUCCGUUUCUCCUGAACCUUUGUCAGAGUCGCUAAUGCGGCCACCUCCGGUACCUCAUGCCGACAGGUCCCCGUCUGGUCUCGGGUUGAAGGAUCAGUCAGGGAAUGGUGUUACUCCCUUAACCCUGAUGUCAAUGCCAAGCAAGCAGGUGCCAGGCAAAGGUCUAGAAACUUUGACCAUACCCGAAGAUAGCAUGGAGGACAUGAUGCUACCCGACGCCGCUUCACCAGUCCCUCCUGAUGCGCUGGAUCAGAUGGAGGACAACUCAUCGACACCGACGGUGCCCGCAAAGUCGGCAAAGACCAGUGCUCAAAGUACUCCACGAGGGAUGUUGCCCAAAAGUAGCACGUCUGACGGUUUCAAUAAGCCCAGCAAGGUUGAAAGCAGGCCUGGCACGGCGCGUGGAUCAAAGAAGCGGGCUGGCACCACCAACGGCAUUGUAUCCCCAGCUCUUCGGCCGAAGAUCUCACCCAACAUCAGUCCCCUGGUUCCUUCCUCAGGCGCCGGCAUGCCCCAUCUGUCGGCCGAGACAAGCGCACUUUAUCUCGCAUCGAAGUCCAACUACCAGAACAUCAUCGACGGUACGCAUCUGCCUGGGGUAUCGUAUCCUGAAGCUCUUGCCGAAAAUCUAAGCUCCAAACGAACAUCCCACAAGAUCGCCGAGCAAGGCCGCAGAAAUCGCAUCAACCUCGCCCUGAAAGAGAUCGAGACUCUGCUCCCGGCAUCUAUCACUGCGCCAGCAAUCAAGAAGGAGAAGGAGGCCGAAGGCGCGGCAGGUAAGUCAGCGUCGGCAGCGGCAGCACAAGGCGCGAGCAAAGCUUCUACGGUGGAGAUGGCGAUUGUGUAUAUCAAGAGCCUGCAGGCGGAGCGCGAUGAGGCGAAGGCGGAGAGGGACAGCGCGAUGGCCAAGCUGGCGGAAGUCGAGAAGGAGUUGAGGGAACGGGGAAGCAGCGGCGGCAGUACGACUUCUGAUUGA